AUGACUGCUACCUCUUUGAAGUCCACCAACCUUUUUAAGCCAAUUAAGGUCGGCUCUGUCACCUUGCAAAACAGAGUCACCCAUUUGCCUACUACAAGAACCAGAGCCUUUGGUGAUCACACUGCCACGGACUUGCAACUUAUUUACUACGAAGACAGAUCUUCAUCGCCUGGCACUCUUUUGGUCACGGAAGCCACACUUAUCUCUAUGAACCAAGGUCUUUAUCCCAAUGUUCCAGGAAUUUGGAACAAGGACCAAGUCAAGUCGUGGAAGAAGAUCACCGAUGCUGUCCACAAGAAGAGAGGUUUCAUUUCUGUACAGUUGUGGGCUGUUGGUCGUGUUGGUUUUCCUGAUUUAUUGAAGGCUGAAGGUUUACCAUUGACUUCUCCUUCUGCCUUGUAUGAAUCAGAAAAGUCUAAGGAAGCGGCUGAAGCUGUUGAAAACCCUGUCAGGAUGUUGACCGAGGACGAGAUCAAGGAUAUUAUCUACAACCAGUAUACCAACGCUGCUAAAAAUGCCAUUGAAGCCGGAUUUGAUUUCCUCGAAAUCCACGCUGCCAACGGUUUCUUAGUGGAACAGUUCAUUAACCCAAGUUCCAACACAAGAACCGACAAGUACGGAGGCUCCAUUGAAAAUAGAGCCAGAUUUGCCUUGGAAUUGGUUGACCACUUGAUCUCUGUGGUUGGUGCUGACAAGUUGGCUAUUAGGAUUUCUCCUUUCAACAAUUUCAAAGGUAUGUUGGCUGAGAACGAAGUAAUUCACCCUAUUGCUACCUUUGGUUAUAUUGUUUCUGAAUUACAGAGAAGAGCCGAUAAAGGUAAUGAGUUGGCCUAUAUCAGCGUUGUCGAUGGUCGUUACAACUCAGAUGGAACCGAAGCUGUCCUUAACACUAAAUUCAUUGACCAGAUCUGGAAGGGUGUCAUUUUGAGAGGGGCAAAGUAUACUCAUGACUACAAAAAGAACUGGGAGACUGUCGCUAGGGAUGUAGACCAUGACAAUCGUACCUUGAUUGGUUUCGGAAGAAACUUUAUUGCUAACCCUGACUUGGUUUCCAGAUUGGAAAAUGGCCUUGAAUUGAAUGCUUAUGACAGAGCGACCUUCUAUAAGAAUUACAAUAACGGUUAUAACACUUACCAAUUCUUUGGAUCCUCUGAAGAGGUGGAUGCAGAAGCUGAAGCCAAAGUUCUACCUAAGUCGUUAGUCCAAGAUUCUUAA